AUGGGGGUCUUCAAGUAUUAUUGCUUCUUGUUUACUUGUGCUAUUUUUCGUGUUGAUUCUCGCGACUUACCACCUUUUUUGAAAGCAUGUUCAAUAAGUGAUCCGAAACUAAAUGUUUGUGCAUUAAAAAACGCAAACGAGGCUUUACCCAGUCUUUUUAAAGCCAACAAAAAAUUAGGAAUUCCUGCCUUCGACCCAUAUUUACUACCCUUACUGGAAAUCCAAACUUCAAAUUUUCUUAUUAAGCUAGACAAUGUGAAAUUUUAUGGGUUGAACGACGCCAGAGUAAAAGCAAUUAAUGUUAAUUUAAAAGACAGCAUUUGGAGUGCUGAUGUGGAAAUGGAUAGAGUCAACUUGGUGGGUCACUACAUCGCUAGUGGAAACAUAGCCAGUUUUCCGAUUAGAGGGGAUGGUAUAUCCAAUACAACAUUCGUGGGUGGUUUAUACAAAUAUACCGUCCAUAUGCCAAAACGCAUGAAAGAUGGCGUAGAAUAUUUCAGUAUAAACUCUACUAGUUUGACAUUUAAAUUAAAAAGGGCCCACUUUUACCACGGCAAUUUAUUCAACGGAAACCAACAACUCGGUGAUGCCCUCAAUAAUUUUUUCAACGAAAACUGGGAACUUAUUUUGGAGGAAAUGGGGGAUGCUAUUAAAAAAACAAUUCAAGCCAUCGGUACCAGUGUAGUCAGUAAAAUUGUUGAUAAUGUGCCCGCCAAUAAAAUAUUUUUACCUUAG